ACCGGGCCUUUUAUUAACUGAAGCCCCUGACUCCCUGCAGCCGCGGCACGUGACCAGAUCGACGUGGUGAUGGUGGGCUGCCGUGGUGCUUGCGCCGUGCGCGCUGCACCGUCUCGCCCGCGGCAUAGGCAGGGCGCCCCAACAGGGAGAGCUCUACUCCCGAAGCCAGGCCACCAGCCACCCCGGCGGGGAGGCCGGCCACGCAGGACGCACAGCGCCCACACGUGGUGCGCCAGUGCGCGCACGUGCGGGGCUCGGCGCCGCACGGUGCAAAAGAACGCCUAGGGCUUGGUAAAGAACGCUCGGGCACCAGUACGGGCGGACGCAGAUGUUUUAUUACUUGUAUAGUUGUGUACAUACAGUAAGUGGUGUAAGAGAUCUCGCGCGGGCUUGAGCUUUGACCGCCCGAUCGAUCUCGAGCUGACUACCAGCUAAAAAGGGCAUUACCGCCUGCGUAUAAAACGUCUGCAGAUACAUCUUCACCUCCCUCCUCUCCUCGUUCUCCUUGCGGCUAGCUUGAUUUUGUAGUGGUCUUGUUCAUACUAGCUUCAUACAGAAACACUCACCGUGUAGCAGUGACAGUUCGCCAUGGGUUGCAGAAGGGCCUCUUCGACCACUCUUCUCAUGGUCAUCUUGGCCGUCGUCUUCUUGCUCACACUUGACCGUCCCACUGUUGCUCAUGCUCGCCACGUGAGGAGCCCGUCCUUGUCGACCGGCGAGCAUUUGUCUAGAAAGAAAGAAGGAUUGCAGGGGACGAGGAACCACGGCGCGGAGCACAGCAAGAACACUUAUGAAACCGUGCGGGUGGAGAAGGGAUCAACGGGAGAAGCUGCAGGCGCGGCCGGAGCAAGCCUCGGCCGCCGCGGAGGAAACAGUAGUCCUGCUGCGUCUGCCGAGAAGGUUGUGGCUGCGCCCCACGGGCCCAGGCCUCACCCUAAGAAACACAACUAAGCUUUAGGUCUCCGUUCAAGUAUCGCUCUGUACCUAUUUCUUGUAGCCUAUUAUUAGUGUUUCUUUUUUUCCUUUUUUGUUCAGUCUCUACAGGUGAAGAUAGCAUAGGACGGAUCAAACUCCAUAGAUGAUAGCAGUGUACUAGUAGGUUGAGUCGUUUGUCAUCACUGAGAAGUUAAGGGUUGGCUGUUUGGUUUCAGGCCUACCACACCACACCGCGCCGCCGGUGCGGCGCCGUAGGCCAGAAAGCAAACACGCCUUUAAUCUUGAUAGAUAUUCUCAUCUCGUAUAGAAGUACGCCCUGAUGCUUGUUU